AUGGUUCUUCACAACCCCAACAACUGGCACUGGGUGAACAAGGACGCCUCUGGCUGGGCCAAGGACUACCUUAAGACGAACCUCAGCGUCCUCGCCGUGGAGGAGAAUGGCGUGACCGCCAAGAUCUCCAAUCUGCUGUCGAUGGAUGGCGAUGUAGACGUCAGCCAGAGAAAGGGCAAGGUCAUCACCUUGUUCGAUGUCAAAAUACAGCUGGAGUAUGAAGGUAAGACUAAGGACGACGAGUCCGUUAGUGGAACUAUCUCCAUCCCUGAGGUUGCCCACGACACCGAGGAAGAUGAGUUCGUCUUCGAGAUUGAGAUCUACUCCGAUGCCUCGAGCAAGCAGCCCGUGAAGGACCUCGUGCGCUCCAAGCUCGUUCCCCAACUCAGAAAGGCGCUCGCCCAGCUUGGUCCGGCUCUGAUCGGCGAGCACGGCAAGGACAUCCAGCACGCCCCUGGUGUUAACCCUUCCGCCGGGUUCCCUGAGUCCAAGGUCUACCCUCAGGUCAAGAAGGCGGAACCGGCCCCCCAGGCUACGACCACUACCACCACCGCGAACAAGGUUUCCGUGAACACUACCACCGUGACCGCGUCCGACGAAUUCCGUACCACGGCCGAGGAGCUGUACAACACCUUCACAGACCCGCAGCGUAUUGCCGCCUUCACCCGCGGUGCCCCCCGUCAGUUCGAGGGCGCCCACGUGGGCGGCAAGUUCGCCAUCUUCGACGGCAAUGUCACGGGCGAGUACGUGAAGCUCGAGUCCCCCACCCUGAUCCAGCAGACGUGGCGCCUGGCCCAGUGGCCCUCGGGCCACUACAGCACGCUUGAGAUGAAGUUCGACCAGAACGACAUCGACGGCGUGACUCAGAUGCGCGUGACCUGGACCGGUGUCCCCGUCGGCCAGGAGGACGUCACCAAACAGAACUGGGAUGUGUACUACGUGCGCAGCAUCAAGCAGACUUUCGGGUUUGGCACUAUUCUCUGA